AUUAAUUUGACUCUAACCUAACUUCUGUCUAUACGUAGCGUAGCACUGCGCAAGUUUGCAGUUUACUGGAGCUUGGGAAAUCAGUAAGAUCAAUUGCAAGUAACAAUUUUUCAAAAUGAUAAUUUCACGAGGAUUGAAUUUAUUAAGAGUUGGCUAUAGAGGUAGCCAAAGUAAAGUUCCAACGACGAAUUUACGAUCCGUUAGAUUAAGUCAUGAUGAUUAUCAUGGGACAUAUCGCAAUCAAAUCCCACCAGUGGAAAAGAUAUGGAUAUAUGGAGCUGAAAUUAUGGGAGGCUUAAUGUGGUGGUGGGUAUUAUGGCAUUUCUGGCAUGAUUUUGGUCACAUUGUUGGAGAGUUUCCAUAUCCAGAUCCUUCUAAAUGGACAGACGAAGAAUUAGGUAUACCGCCAGAUGAUUAUGAAGAGCCUGCGACUCGUGUAUAGAUAGUUUCACAAGUAUAAUAUAUGAAGUGGAUCCAGUAAAAGCAACUUUACGAAUUUCUGGAUGCUCAGCAAUAGCUGCACCAGCAGUUGGACCGUAACCUGGAAUGACAUUUAUAACACCUGCUGGAAAUCCUGCUUCUUUAGCAAGAGCGGCUGCAUAAAGUGCGGUCAAAGGC